UUUGCAUUUUUUUUUCAUUGAGGAGGAUUGGUCAGAGGAUUUUUUUUUCAUUGAUGAGGAUUGAUUGAGGAGGAAUAGGUCAGACAGAAACUGGGGAGCAAAAAACUGUUGUUCUGGGAGUAGUGUAGGGGAUGCCACUCCUAUCACAGAGUUAGUCAAUAGGCUGCAUGCAGCAGCUUCAUGUGUAAAAUCAGCAGUAGUUUUGCCUGCAAAUUGUGUUUCACACAGUUAUUAAAUGCAAGGAAAGGAAUCUAUCUGCCAGCUGCCUACUGCCCAAGGAUGCUGUCCUUCUGAAUCAGCAGGUCCAUUAGCAUGUCAAAAGGCCAUACUCAGUCCAGCAGAUGACAGCAGCCCAUCGGGUGGAUUCCUGUGUCGUGUCUUGGGCUUUUUGUCACGCAACAGCAAAGCCUGAGCAGCUGAGAUUGCCUGUGCAACAAACCAACCCCAUCCAGCUGUGACCAGCCAGAGAGGAGACUCCAGGCUGGAGAGCUGCAGAAGACAGAAGAGGACAAGAUUCUGCCAUGGCCAGGCUGCGUUACCUGCACAUGAAACCGAUGAGAAUUCUGUGUCCUUCAGGCUGUCAGGCAGGGGCAUCGUGGUCUCAAGAUAUGAAAUCAUAUAAUCAAAAAGGCAGAUUUUCUGAACGGGUAUCUUACAGAAAACUGAAUUAUCUAUAUGCUUUGUGGGAGAGUGACAAGGAACUGUGAGGUACCUAUUUGGUAGCGUAACAAGUCGGACAAUUUGCACGGGCAUUUUUUUCCACUUCCCUUCUGGAACUUGCUUCAUCCAGCUGACACUGCUCCACAGCCUUAGGCAACCCUCAGACUCACAGAAGAAUGGUACUGCUGGUGUUUUAGCCAAGUUCAGCGCCUACAUCACCUACCUCCUGUGGAUGAAAACCUGCACAGUGUCACCCCCAAGGUGUGACCUUUUUCAGAGUCCAGCUGAGACAAAAAGUUUGUCUAUGGCUUCGAAGGGACCUUACAAAGCCCUGACUCAGGAAAUCAAUCCUAUUGGAGAUACACAGGUGAACUGGGAGGCCAAAACGAUAAAAUCGCAGAUGUUGCUGUGUUUGGCUGGCAUCAAAAAUCACUCGGUCCCAUCCUCUUGUUACUGGCAUCAGCUUCAGGACUGAAUGCUUCUCUCCCUUCACAUGGCAAGAGAGCAGUGUCUGCAACAGAGCAGACCUCCAGAGGAUGAGCUCCCUGGUCAGUGCCUCGCACCUCCAGCUCACUGCCUUCGCUCUGGGCACGGUAGGAUGGAUCUUGUGCACCAUUUCAAUGGGAAUGGUGGAAUGGAGAGUGUGGUACGUGGACAACACCACCAUCAUCUCCUCUGGCGUUGCCUGGGUGGGGAUUUGGAAAGUCUGCUUCAUCAGUUACCUUCACGUCUCGCCUGGUUAUAGAGAACAGUUCUGCCAUAAAUUCAGUGGCUAUGAGUCCUUCGUCCCCCACGAAAUUUAUGCUGCUCAGGGUCUCCUGUUGAUCGCCAUGUUCGUGGGCUUGCUGGGACUGGCUGCUACAAUAUUUGCUCUGAGAAAUGUGUAUAUGGGAAUCACUCACAAGACUCUUAUUACCCCUUUCUUCCUGGUGGGUGGCUUCUUCUACGUAUUUGCUGGUCUGUGUGUCCUGAUUCCUGUGAGCUGGAAUUUCUAUUCUGUAAUGCACAACCGGAGCAUUGCUUUUCCUCCUUCUUAUUACAUGCCCUCCAGUCCAGUAGCUCAGGAAGCUGGUGCUGCAAUUCCUGUUGGGAUUGUGGCUGUCAUCCUCCUGCUGCUAAGUGGGACUUUUUCUCUCUCACAUAGAUUUUCGGGGCCCACAAACACUAACAUGAAAUCCUGACAGGACAAAUCCCCUCCUGCUAUUUCAGAACAAGAGCAUAGUCGAGAGAUAAGGACAGCAGUUGGUUGUAUAGUUAAGGAACUGCAGAAUUUAAUUUUCUUUUCUAUAGUAGCUAAGCUAUUUUCUCAUAUGAACCAGCUGAGUUACCAUCUUAAUUGUCACAUAUGACCAGAUGUUCAUCUGUGAGAUAACUGCUGUUGAGCAGUAACUGUGAUUAAAUUUUGCCAGUUGUCCUCUUUUGUAUAUACAAACAUUACUGAUUAAUUUAUUUUUUUGUGUAAAGUAUUAACCAUGCUCAAGGAGCUGACUCUGAAUGAACUGUCUUGUUAGAAAAAUGUGA